AUGGCUGCUGGUAGGAAAGGUUCGGUCACAGUCGUCGAUGAAAAUGUCGUCGGCGUCACUUCUGUCUUUGCCAAAAGCGGUGAACAUGCCGUCCUUGAGGAGGGCGCAACCAGCGACGAGGUAACCUUGGGCGCAUUGGGUUACAAACAGGAGUUUAAGAGAGAUUUCACAAUCUGGGAAUCAUUUUCAGUCUCGUUCUCGGUUCUCGGCCUCUUGCCUUCCAUCGCAUCAACCAUUGGAUACAGCUUGGGCUAUUCCGGCACAGGUGGUGCGAUAUGGGGCUGGCUCGUCGCGGCCCUCUGCAUUCAGGCCACCGCAUUCACCAUGGCCGAGCUGUGCUCAAGCAUGCCCACUGCUGGAGGCUUGUAUUAUGCCUCGGCAGUACUGGCUCCUGAAGGCUGGGGUCCGAUAUGCUCUUGGUUUGUUGGAUGGUCCAACUUCUGUGGAUUUGUGACCGGACCUUGCUCCGUCAAUUAUGCGCUCGCUGCCAUGUUGGUCACGGCCGGCAGCAUUGCAUACCCUGAUUACACCCCAGAGACAUGGCAUGUCUAUCUCACCUUGCUCCUUCUUCUCUUCGUGGACGGCAUCGUCACCAUGCAGUCCACCUGGUUCAUUGGAUGGGUCAACAAGGUCGGAACCGUCCUCAAUUUGGCUGUCGUCUUCAUCUUCCUCAUCUGGUUCCCCGUCGGAUCCGUCAAUCGCCCCAAAACGAACGAGUCGCAUGCAGUCUGGACCGAGUUUGAUAAUGGCACCGAAUGGCCAAUAGGCUGGGCGGUCAUCAUGGGUUUUUUAACCACCAUAUGGACAAUGAGUGGUUACGAUGCUCCCUUUCACUUGUCUGAAGAGUGUAGCAAUGCAAAUAUUGCGUCCCCUCGCGCAAUCGUCAUGACUGCUCAAUUCGGUCUUUGGCUGGGCUGGGCUAUUAUCUUUGUCAUCGUCUAUACAGUCAAGGAUAUUCCGGACGUCGUCGCGGGAGCAUAUGGUCAGCCAUUUGGAAGUCUAUGCCUUCAAGUCCUGGGACAGAAAGCAGGUCUCGCCAUGUUCUCUUUGAACAUCAUCGCCCAGUGGUUUGUUGGAGAAGGUUGCACCAUCACAGCAACCCGUGUGGUCUUUGCCUACUCUCGCGAUGGAGCGAUCCCUGGCUCAAGAUGGUGGAGUCAAGUCCAUCCAAAAACCAAGACACCUGUAUACGCGACUUGGGGUGUCCUGUUUGUCUCAGCAUUGCUUGGUUUGCUGAUGUUCGCCAGCCCUGUCGCGAUUGGAGCAGUCUUCAGUAUUGGCGCCAUUGCUCAGUAUACUGCGUUCACAUUCCCCGUUGGCCUCAAAUUGUUCUUUGAUCAUGGCAGGUUUAAGCCAGGCCCCUGGAAUCUCGGUCGCUGGUCGAGGCCUCUGGGUGCAAUCACUGUUGCGUGGUGGUGUCUAAUCACCCCUGCUCUCUGCUUUCCAGCCGUCAAAGGCUCCGAUUUAGGACCAUUAAGCAUGAAUUGGACUUGUCUGAUCUACGGCGGUGCCAUGUUUCUUGCCAUGUCCUGGUAUGCCAUCUCAGGCCGCAAGUGGUUCAAAGGGCCAAGGAUCAACGUGGCCAUUGUCCAUGAGGGCCAAGAGCUGCGUCAGACUUCGUCUAUUCCAGAGGAAAGUGAUAUCGACAAGGAGAAGAAGACGUAA